GCGGAGAUGCUGCCCUUGUGAGUGGCCGGGGGUCCGCUUGAGCGUCCGCCGCCGCGAGGUGCGGAGCCUGCGUCUCUGGAGCGCCUGGUUUUUCACCAAAGGACAUGGAUGAAAACGAAAGCAACCAGUUCCUGAUGACAAGCAGCCAAUAUCCGAAAGAAGCAGUGAGAAAACGCCAAAAUUCACAGAAUUCUAGAGGAAGUGAUUCUUCCAAAUUCCCCAGGAAAAGCUUCAAACUGGAUUACAGAUUGGAGGAAGAUGUAACGAAAUCCAAGAGAGGAAAAGAUGGCAGAUUUGUCAAUCCUUGGCCCACGUGGAAAAAUCUCUCAAUUCCAAAUGUUCUCAGGUGGCUGAUAAUGGAAAAAAAUCACAGCAGUAUUCCUUGUUCCAAAGAGGAACUUGAUAAAGAACUCCCCGUACGUAAACCGUAUUUUAUCGAUGACCCUGGGGAGGCUGGAGUGGGCGGCGCUGGCUUGCGGGUCACCUGGCUGGGACACGCCACAGUGAUGGUGGAAAUGGACGAGCUGGUAUUUCUCACGGACCCCAUCUUCAGCCACCGGGCGUCACCCGUGCAGUGCCUGGGCCCUAAGCGCUUCCGCCCCACUCCGUGCACCGUAAGUGACCUCCCCCCGAUAGACGCCGUCCUCAUCAGUCACAACCACUACGACCACCUGGACCACAGUUCGGUCAUCGCUCUGAAUGAGCGCUUCGGGAACGAGCUCCGGUGGUUCGUGCCGCUGGGGCUUCUCGACUGGAUGCAAAAAUGUGGCUGCGAGGAUGUGAUCGAGUUGGACUGGUGGGAGGAGAACUGUGUCCCCAGACACGACAAAGUCACUUUUGUCUUCACGCCCUCCCAGCACUGGUGUAAGAGGACUCUGAUGGACGACAAUAAGGUUCUGUGGGGCAGCUGGUCCGUCUUGGGCCCCUGGAACCGAUUCUUCUUCGCAGGAGAUACGGGCUACUGCUCCGCUUUUGAAGAGAUCGGCAAAAGGUUUGGGCCUUUCGACCUUGCUGCGCUUCCCAUCGGAGCUUACGAACCAAGGUGGUUUAUGAAAUACCAACAUGUUGACCCAGAAGAAGCUGUAAGGGUUCACAUUGAUGUUCAGGCAAAGAAAUCAGUGGCCAUUCACUGGGGAACGUUCGCCUUAGCAAACGAGCAUUACUUAGAGCCUCCAGAGAAGCUGCAUGAAGCUCUAGAAAGAUAUGGACUUAACCCAGAAGAUUUUUUUGUCUUGAAUCAUGGAGAAUCAAGAUACCUAAAUUCUGACAAUGAAAACUUGGAAUAAAUAUGGGUUCAAGCAUGCUUCGUGGAAAAGGUCUCAACGAAAUUGAGUUUGCAAAGCAAAUGAAAAGACUCAGAAACUCAUCAGCAUUAUUUUUUAUAUUUGGAAAUAACUUCUGCAAGAUAGUGUUUUAUGUCCUGCAUAAUAACUUGUUUACUUAGAUAAGAUUGCCAGUUUAUAUACACAAAGAAGGGAGUUGGAUCAUUUAUAAUUCAUUAAAUAACAAUUAGCUAAU